UAUUUUCGUUGGCCUUUCACCACCUAUCACUAGUAUUUACUAUCAACCUUCUGUUGUGUUCCAUACAAGCCCUGCUACCGUUCGCAGCUCAGCCCUGCGUUAGCGAGAGCGCACGGUUAUUGCGCAAAAGUUGGUUCCCUGCGCGCUGAGCUCAUAGCAUCCCUAAGGCUCCCGAGCCUUCCCCAUAUCCGAGAAAUUCCUGCUGUACCCUCACAGCUCACUCCACCAUCACCUGCACAGCCGGCGAGCAUCACCGCAGCACGUCGCUUACUAUCCUUCGCCCGGGUGACGCAAUUUUCCACCCAUACACAGCCCCAGCUUGCCGUGUGCCCAGAAUCCGUUCACGCGGCGACCAAGAUCAAAGGCAUGCACGCGACACCCCAGCUGCCACCCAUCCACCCACGCAUCGGUACCUCUACCGCUAGGAGCCUCAACGCUUCUCCAUAACUGAGCGCAAACAUCAGCAAUGGCGUUCAACUUCAACUGGUCGCCGCUGCUGGCCGACACUUCGCGCGCGCGAGACAUGCUCACAACGGCGCUGAACAAAUCGCCGAAGCCGCCUAUCAUCGUUGACGACAUCAUCGUGACCGAACUCAACCUUGGGUCAACACCACCAGAAUUGGAGAUUUUAGAGAUUGGCGACCUGGCAGAAGAUCGGUUUAGGGGCAUCUUCAAAAUGGCAUAUACCGGCGAUGCGUUCCUGACACUGAAGACGAAAGUCCAGGUCAAUCCGCUCCGGACACACCUAUCAACGAAACCAGACUUCGCAUCGCCACAACCUCUGGCAGCAGCAUCUGGUCUGACAAUACCGUUAUCCAUUACUUUAUCGAAUUUUCGGUUAUCAGGUUUCGUCAUCUUGGUGUUCUCGAAACAGAAGGGCUUGACAUUGGUGUUCAGGAACGACCCCCUGGAGUCUCUGAAGGUCUCUUCCACGUUCGAUUCGAUACCAUUCGUCCGCGACUAUUUACAGAAGGAAAUCGAGGGACAGUUGCGAGUACUGUUCAUGGAGGACUUGCCUGCUAUCAUUCACCGGUUAUCGUUGCGCUUGUGCUCGCCAGAAUUUCGAGAAAUGGAGGAGGAGAGGCUAGAGGGCCCCAAGGAUGACGUCGCCGCAGUGGACCCGUUCGCGACACCCCCACAAGACGCAGUCGAUGCAUUCGGUAAUCCCCUCGACGAGUCGCAGAUCUCCGAAAUCGCGCUCGAACCUGCGGGUGAGAUUCACGCAUCAUUCUCGCAGAAGAAUAUCCUUCGCUUAGCCGCCCUUUCCGAAUCACAACGCACCCUAUCGCUCUUCACACCAGGCAUUCGAGAUGCUGUAUUCCGUGCUUGGGCUGGGCCAGAUCGUGAUGCGUCUGGCACCGCAACACCAGCACUCACAAGAGGCAGCCUAUCGAGAAUCCAGUCCACCUUUGGCACCUUGAGGUCAGGGGCUUCAUCUGUCGCGUCUGGAAGCCAGGAUACCCACGACACGCACGAAACGCUCGACUCGCGCCCAACUGUAUCUUCUACCACCUAUUCGAUGUCAGGUCUGACACUGGGCGCGGGACGAUCACGCACAGGUGGCAUGCGAAAGCGCAAGAAGCGCGUUGUGGACCUUCGUAAGAAGACGACCGAGCCCAACGUAGAUGACACCUCAGCAGAUGGACAAAGCGAGAUGGCAAGCACCUACGUCUCGGAGACUUCGAGCAUCGUGCAUGGCGACAGGGAGACUGGAGAAGUUGUUACACCACCACUUAGCCCAGUACAACCCGGAUUGCAACAAGAAGGGCCGCAUGGCGUCCUUGACUAUGGUGAACCAAGCACGCUCGUCGAUACCACAGGGUCCACCGACACGUUGUUGCCUGCUGCUCCGUUCCUCUCAGAACCGCCAAGGAUUUCGAGAUCAAAGACGAAGCAGCAUGAUAUCUAUAAUGACGAGACUAUCAAGGCCCGGCCAUCUUCAAAAAGACCUCCGCUCUCACACAGUCAAAUCCGCCAAGCUCAGCAAUCUACAUCACCGCUACUUCGCUCGUUGUCGUUCGACAAAAUUGCGCUUGCAUCACCACCCAAUGAGGCCGAGAGCUCCGGUGGCAUUUUGGAGCAAGCGUGGAUGACGAAAAUGGCACAAGAGAUUGCGAGGAAGGUUCAACAAGAAAAGGACCGCGGGCACCCUACCCGAGACCGGUCGCCUCUUGCUCGAGGCUCUAAACGUCCCACCGGAGGCAUCUGGGCUUCUGAGGAGGAGUUAGAGGCGCCACCUGCUUAUGUUGCUUAGAGCAUAUUGUUCAGCAACAUCUAAUGAUUCAUGCAUAAUGAUGGCGUUUUUGGUUUGUUUGUUCUUUACUGUCUUACAUUUACUUUGUUAGUCGCAUUCCCUUUGUGGUUCGUUUCUUUGAGUUGUGACAAAAGUUCAAGGGAACCGUUGUCUUGUUGUGCAACCAUGUAAGAUAUAGUGUGAGGGAUAGAGAUCCCUUUUGGAUAGAUGGAGCCCGAUGAGGCGGACAAGUACCUUGCGAUGUAUCUAUAGUCUCGCGGAGCGGCAGCCUCAGUCUUGCAACUGGCUGUAUAGCGUAUACCCAAGUUGCUGUUAUAAACGGGGAGAGUAUUAGCUAGUAGUAAUACACCAACUGACACUCA